CCAGAGAUGUCUCGUUGGCCCUGCCCGUCGAGGCUCUGGCCAGAGUCCAGAGUCAUGUUCGCCACGACGUGUACCACAGCGUGUACCACAGCGGCGAUAUCUCGCUCAACUCUCUCUCCCUCUCACGUGACCGCUUCCAUCUCUUGCCCAGUGACGCGUGGCAAGUCGACGAGGGCGGCCAUCACUGCUAUUUGGGGGAGAAACUCAUCAUCACCAUCGCCCAAUUGUCACAUUACGGAGACACAGGACAUCUUUGUGCGUCGUCGUCUCGGGUAGUCGCCCUCAAAAUGGCCGACGAUGUGCAUUAAUGCCCCUCCCACGUCCAUCGCCAGUCUCUUGGUUGCAGGACGAUUGGUCGAUCUCCCCAGAUCUUGGUUGCGCAAAGAUGCCCUUGUGGUUUGUGGGUUGCUGUUGUGUAUGACUUCAUCGGUGUCUAGAUUGGCACAGACUGGCCACAGCUGAGUUGCUCUACCUCCAAAGGACUGUGCCUAGUGCUUUCACUCUCCCCGCUUCAACCCCCAAAUAUCCCAUGUCGGUGGGCAGAUGGCAGUGGCUAGUGUGGCCGUCAUCCAAUGAACAACAGCAUCUCUUCCGUCUGUGGCUUGAACAGGCCCCUAGAAUACGUGACAACAGCUUGGAAGUCUGACGAUCUGGUGUCAUGGUGUGGUUCGAGUUUCUCAGGUUAUGACGCAAACCAGGAAACAUGGCGCACACAGCCUUCACGAGCGCAGCCAGCUUCACCUCCCGUCUCCUCAUCCAACAUUCUCGUCUGUUACUUCUUCCCACAUCGAUAGUCUUCCUCCUCUGUGCAGUUGAUGGCCUUGUCUGCGCCUCAUCUAAACCCACGUUGACAAGAUCUAGCAAUUCCAGAGCGGAAUGGACAAGCUCAAGACCAUGAUGGAGAAAGGAGACGCCGAAGACAGGGCUGGACCAAGUGGUCGGUUGACAGGACAAGGUUCUCAUUUUCCCAAGAGCGAAGAACAGUCUGCGGAUGCUUCAGCCGCCUCCCAGGAAAAUACACCCGCUGGAGACGCCCUAGGCGUAGGUGCACAACAGACCCAUGAAGCACAUCCGGUCACUGGGUCGUCAGGCCCUGACCCUGGUACCGCUGCCAUUGGCGAAACCUCGACCUAUAGCUCCCAUACUCUGCGUAAAGGCGAUCCCAUUCCAAAUGUUGUUGACUCCAGAUCUGAGGAUCCCACCACGUAUCGAACUCCCGAACACUCAUACGGGUCAAACAAGGGCGUCCCAGAGGGUGGGCCCUUAGCCGCCGCAGCGCACGCAUUUCACAAGGACAAAGAUUAUAGCACUUCUCACAUCCCAGGAGCAUUCCCGCAAGACGUAACAGCGCAUGAUGCUACCACAAUGGCUCCUUCCACCUUGACGACGACAACAUCACCAGCCGAACGAUCGGCGGUCUACAGUGAAGUUGAGAAGACCAAAGUGCCUGACGCAGCUGCUGCAGCUCAGUAUGCAACAAGAGCCGCUCCAGGAACUCAAGAGCCAGUUUCGGAAGAGCCCAAGACAUCUGGAACAAUUGGUAAGAUUCUCGGUGCAGUGGGCCUAGGAACUGCUGCUAGCGGUGCUGUGGCUGCUACUUCACGUGCAGAGGAUGAUCAACCACAUGCCAUUGCAGAUACCCCUAAUCAACCUACCACUACCACUGGUGUCGACUCCUAUACCGCGCCGAGUCGCUCAGGGCCUCCCCCGUCGCAUCACAGGAAAGAGAGUAUUCCUACAACGGCCUAUCCAGCAGGUGUAGAUUCUCCCGCGCCGAUCAAUCCGCCAGUCGGUGGUACAUCGGCCGUUGCAGACCAGGAUCAUAAAGAUCAUGCAGGCCGUAAUGCAGGAUUAGCCGCUGGCGCCGCGGGUGUUGGAGCUGGCGCCGCCGCAGCUGGUGCUUAUGCCAUGCAAGAUCGAGAGAAAGACACAGCAAGGUCCGAUUGGCCUCUCCGUGAGGACGCCACUACUGCAACACCAGCUGCUGCGACCCUUCCCACUUCGGAGGGCGCUACCAGGACGGCCCCUACAAGCCAACCUGCCAAACAACCCCUCGUCGCGCACGAGGCUGCACCCGCUACAGCUGGUGCGUCUGUCGUCCCUGAAUACAAUCAACGUCAAGACCAGCUCGAGGCUCGAGCUCAGGAUGACCAAGCGAAACGUGAAGCCGCUCGUUCUGGGGCCACAAGCGUCGCAGGCGGAGCAUCCAUCGCACCCGAAUACUCUGAACGACAAGAUAGAAUCUCAGAGGAAACGGAACGGCGAAGGCACAAAAAGGAGGAAGAAGCUGCGCUUGCUGGAGUUGCAGGUGCUGGAGUGGGAGCGGCUGGGUUGUAUGAAUAUAAUCAGCGGCAAGACAGGCUUGAGGACGAUGCUCAGAGACAGAAGGAUUUAGCGGAACAAGAGGCUGCCCGCCAGAAGCAGUUCGAAAAGGACCAGAAGGCGGCAGAAAAACAAGCCAAGAAGGAAGAGAAGCAGCACCAGAAGGAUCUCAAGAAAGAAGAAAAGCAACACCAGAAAGAGCUCGAGAAGGAACAAAAACAACACCAGAAGGAGCUCGAGAAGGAACAGAAACAACACCAGAAGGAGCUCGAGAAGGAAGAGAAGCAUCACCAAAAAGAGCUCGAAAAGGAAGAGCAGGCCCGUGAGAAGGCUGCAGAGAAGGAAGAAAAACAUCGCCGCGAGGAACUUGAGCGCGAGCAAAAGGAACGUGAAAAAGCUACGGCCACCGCCGCUGCCGGGGCCGGUGCAGGCGUAGCUGCCAGCGCUGGUGCGUACGAGGUGCACGACAAGGACAAACAUCCGCCUCCCACAACGGCAACCGAUGAAUCAGGUCACACAAAGCUCCAUAAGGAGCCAGAGGGGAAGAAGCCGGGCCUGCUGAAACGGAUCUUCAAGCGCCGCAAGAACAAGGAUACAGGUGAAGAAGAAGAAUACGAGGAUUACGACCAUCAUGAGCCCGAGGCUGAGCAUGGCGAUCAUCAUGUUGCCGAAGCUGGAGUCGCUGGAGGCACGGGUGCCGCCGUAGCUCGGACUGCUGCUGCCGCAUCUCACGAGCCGGCCGCAACCUCGUACGAGGCACAAAGUGGCGGCCUUCAGAAGCCAUCAUACAAUCCCUUCUCCAAGGACGAUCCAGCCCACGAGUCCGCCAAAGCGUCCAGCACCGCCGCACCUACAGGCGCCCAGUCCGCACCAGAAACCGCCACUCACCCGAGAAAGAGUAGCGUAGGACCCGAUGCGAUCGACCCUGCCACAACCCAUGUCCCCUAUGACCCCGUCCACGACCCCUCCAGCCGGAAAUCCAUCUCAGAACAAGGCGGACACAUUGACCAAAUCGGUGGACUCACGGCGCAUCAUCCAUACACCGAGGGUGAACAAAAGCCCGGCCUGGCACAUCGGAUCAUUGAUGCGCUGAAGCCGUUGCCCGACAAGGAGAAGCUACAACAUCACACGGAACAGUAUCACCAUCCGGGGGGCAGCAGCCACCCCCCUGGGUCCGCGCAAUAGGUGGCCCAGCAGGGUGUGUGCACAGUGUACCAUGGGUGCACUCGAUCCCGUCGAUUACGAAGGUCCCGUCGUUUUAUGCUUUCCCGUCCGCCUCACAAGCCAAUGUGAUGAUGGCCUCUGCAACUGAAAAGGAAAUAAUAAUACCCGGACCGUGUGGAAUUGAUUAAACAAUUGACUCGAGUUAUCAUAUCUAAUGUAACGGCAACUAGGGGGAUUCGGCUGAGAAAAGACGGUCAUCUCAUCUAAUCGACCCUCCCCCUUUGCUCUGAUAUUUCCUGCUCUCUCCCAUUGCUCUCCUUGCGUCUUCGUGUAAGAAUGACAUAGCAACAAUGAUGAUGAUGUGUGAUAUGGUA